AUGUACCACGGCCUCCGCCCGACAUCAAUGGACGCCCUCCCAUCAAUAGCCCUCUACCUCGGCCUCUUCGCCGCCUUCGUUAUCAUCCUCCUCUUUGGCGAAUCCGCCACCUUCCGCGACGGGCCGCUCGGGAAAUUGCAUAAUGUGCUGACGGAGAAGAUUCCAUUGGGGAUUCAUUAUGCAUUCCGCCUCGUCUUGGGCACCCGCCUCACGCGCAAGAUGGACAACUAUGCAGCCCAGUGCGUACGUAGCCGGAACCCGGCUUUCCAGAUCAUGUUUUUGCUGCUGAUCACGUCGGCGGUGGGCGUGUUCUUCUACACAGCGUGGAUGAGGGUGUGGAAGGCUGGUGGGGUUCAUGUGAUCCUGGCACCGGCGUUGAUCUCGUCGGUGUACACGAGCUUCUUCGUGGCGUGCCGGAGCGACCCGGGCACGCUGACGAAGGCGAAUUGCGAGCAGGCGUUUAGGAUCUGGAAGUAUGAUAAUGUCGUGUUCAGCGAGAAGAUGUGCAAGACGUGCAAGUUCCUGAAACCGCCACGAUCGAAACAUUGCUCGGUGUGUAAAGCAUGUAUUGCUAAAAGUGACCACCAUUGCGCUUGGAUAAACAACUGCGUCGGCCACCUCAACUACCGCUACUUCCUCCUCUUCCUGCUCUCCAUCUGCACCAUCUGCUUCUACGGCGCCUACCUGGUCGCCAUCCUCAUCAUGCGCGAGAUGGAGCGGUUGCAGGUGGAUAAGCUGUGGGUUCUGGAUCGGAAGACGGGACGGAGGACGAGCAUUUCGACGGAGCAGCAGUGGCUGUACGUAAUCCACCGCGAAAUCCUCCUUUCCGCGCUCGGCUUCUUCUGCCUCAUCGUCGCCCUCGUCGUCUCGUGCUUCACCCUCUACCAGCUCAUUCUCGUCCUGCGCGGAAAGACAACCAAUGAGGUGUUCAAAUGGGACGAGGUCGCGUACGAUGUCCUACAGGGCGAGGUGGAUGUGCCCCGGUGGGUGGUGAGGCAGAAUCGGGGAAGGGUCGGGGAGUGGAACGCGUGGGUUAGCGGUGUGAGGGAGGACGGGGUACCUUCGUUCCAACCCCCGCCACAGGAAGAUGAGAAGACUGGAAAAUCGACCCGGCGACGGCGGAAAAAGGCCGCGGCCGGUCAGAAGGGGAUGAUGAGUGAGAACGGGUGGGUGGAGACAUCCGCGGCGCCAUCACCACCGUCACAUGUGGACGACGCGAAGGAGGAUGAGAACGACGACGAGCUGAUCCAUAUCGCUCACCCGCGCGAGCUGCGGAACAUCUACCACCUUGGAGCGUGGGGAAAUUUUGUGGCGAUGAUGUUUCCUACGCCGUUGAAUUAG